AUGACUUCUGAGCAGACUUUCAUCGCCAUCAAGCCCGACGGUGUCCAGCGUGGACUCAUUGGCUCCAUCAUCACUCGUUUUGAGGCCAGGGGAUUCAAGCUCGCUGCCAUCAAACUUGUCACCCCCGGCAAGGAGCACCUUGAGGCCCACUAUGCCGACUUGUCUGAUAAGCCUUUCUUCCCUGGAUUGAUCACCUACAUGAACUCUGGCCCCAUCUGCGCCAUGGUUUGGGAGGGUCGUGAGGUCGUCAAGACCGGACGUGUCAUCCUCGGUGCCACCAACCCCUUGGCCUCCGCUCCCGGAACCAUUCGUGGUGACUACGCCAUUGAUGUUGGCAGGAACGUCUGCCACGGAUCUGACUCCGUUGAGUCUGCCCAGAAGGAGAUUGCUCUCUGGUUCUCCAAGGAGGACCUUGUCUCCUACAAGCAGUCCCAGCACACCUGGAUCUACGAGAAAUAG